CUAACUGGCAAGACUAUCACUUUGGAGGUUGAGAGCUCAGACACGAUCGAUAACGUCAAGGCAAAGAUUCAAGACAAGGAAGGGAUCCCCCCGGACCAGCAGAGACUCAUCUUCGCCGGGAAACAGCUUGAGGAUGGACGCACCCUAGCGGAUUACAACAUCCAAAAAGAGUCUACCCUCCAUCUUGUGCUUCGUCUCCGUGGUGGUAUGCAGAUUUUUGUGAAGACCCUUACCGGCAAGACUAUCACUUUGGAGGUUGAAAGCUCUGACACUAUUGAUAACGUUAAAGCUAAGAUUCAGGACAAGGAAGGGAUCCCACCGGACCAGCAGAGACUCAUCUUCGCUGGGAAACAGCUUGAGGAUGGUCGGACUCUUGCAGAUUACAACAUCCAGAAGGAGUCAACUCUUCACUUGGUUCUUCGUCUUCGUGGUGGAAGCUUCUGAGCUUUUCUGAUCUGAUCAAAAGUGUGGUUUUCGAGUCUCAUGCACUUGGGAGGUGAUCUUCUUUACCUGGUUUCUGUUUCGUAUGCGGGGAAAACUUAUAUCCCUAUGGACCUUAAGUUUCAUUUUCUGUUUUCUUAUGAACAUUUGGUUGGUCUCGUAACGAGCCUUUGUAUUUCAACUUUUAUUAAUAAUCCAAGUGCAUGUUAAACAUU